UGCACCGAAAUAUCGUGGCAGGAAGUUACUGAUAUCCGGCAGUUCUCCCGUGUUUUUAUGGAACAAAAGUGUACCUAUAGCAACAAAUGCAGCCAAUAUGUGUGUGACGAUGCUGCGUCGGCUGGCAUUGCUGCUUGUGCUGGAGCUGACGGCCUGGGAUGUGGCGUCAGCCGGUGAAGCACUGGUGCAGAAGUGCUGCGGCCAGCAACAGCUCCUGGACGCCGGACACGUGUGUCGCAGAGCAGGAGCAGACGUCAGCUGGGACGACGGAGGCGACCCCUGGUGGUGGCUUCCCAAGAACUCUGUCAGUCCCAACGAGUCGCCGACCGAUACGGAAGCUGUGAGGCAGGCGCUGUCUUGCUUGAGAGCAGUGUACAACACGACGGCACCCUGUGGCCAAGAGUCCCGCCUCGAGCUGGUCAACUUGCCAGGAGAAGACAUGGACGAGUUCCGCUUGCACAUUGGACAUCAACAAGUACACCUGGAGUUGCUGGUGCCGGACAUGUCCCCAGCGGGCGCGCUAGUGCCGGCGCACUCCUUCUGCGUGGAUGGCGUGCGCGUGGGCAGCGAGCUACUGCACGUCGCCUUCGCCUGCGUCUGCGCAGGGCCGGCGCCCUGUGUGCGCAAGUGCUGCAGGGACUACCAGGCCUACGACCUCACCGGCGGCGGCAGCUGCGUCUUCGUCACGGAAGAGGAAGAGGACCGCGACCCCAGCACCGGUCACUGGCGGCCAGCGCCAAUGGUCAGUGUUUCUGGUAGUUGUUUGUGA